GUUGCCGUAAAGCAGUUCUCUUUGGUUGAUACAUCCUCUCGGCAAAGGCAUAUGCUUCUCAAAGAGCUGAAAACAUUAUGUCAGGUCGAAUGCAAAUCCCUCGUGCUCCUUCAUGGUGCUUUUCUCGAAACUGAGACUGUAACUAUGGUCUUGGAGUUGAUGGAUUGCGGUUCUGUAGAAACGCUUGUCGGUAAAUCAAUGUCUGGGUUAGAUGAAGGGAUAGUUGCUGCACUCUCUUAUCAGAUAUUCUCGGGCCUGUCUUUUCUUCACGAUCGAAAAAUACUGCACCGGGACAUUAAACCAGCCAACAUCUUGCUUCACUCGAGUGGCCACACCAAGCUUUGCGAUUUUGGAUUGGCUACGCUGGGAGAGCAGUCCUUGAGCUGCACUGUUCUAGGAACGACAAGAUUUAUGGCACCUGAACGAUUACGUGCAAGCCCCUACGGAAAAUCAAGCGACAUUUGGAGUGUCGGCUUAGUGCUUCUGGAA